UCCGAAAUGAAGGUGGCUCACGAAUUGCAGAUGAAAGAAUACGUGAUGAAAACUUUGCUUGAUUCGUCCUUGCCAUGGAUUCCCGCACUGAAGUAUCUUGAACAAAAGGCUAAAUUCAAAAGAUUGUAUACAUUUUAUAGUUUUGCUACCGUAUUAACACUAUGGUUAAUAUUUGGAGAAACCGCACAAUUGCUCUGCAAUUCCAUUGGAUUUUUCUAUCCAGCUUACGUCACCAUUGGGACAAUUAAGUCUUCAAGGCUCAAGAAUACUUUUAAAUGGUUAAUUUAUUGGGUUGUUUACGCAGCAUUCUCCUGGUUAGAGCAUUAUUCUGAUCAGAUUGUACAAUUGUUUCCCUUGUAUUGGUUAGCUAAAUGUUUUCUUUUACUUUGUUUGAUGGUUUGCGUCGAACUAAAUGAAGUAAUCAUUUUGCACCAAAAUAGCGUAGUAUCGUCCGAUAAGAAAAACCGCCCACCAAAUGUUAACAAUAAACAGCAGGGUAAAAAUAAAAAGAAAAAUAACCGAAUGCAAGGACACAAUUAAAAUGUUCUGGAAUAUGAACGUAAUUUUGCAUUUUUUAGUUAAUUAAUGUUUGUUAAUAUUUUAU